GCUCUGCAGAGCACAACCUAUCCAUCAACCACCAACACCACAUCGAUAAUUCCAUCAUGAGCCCAGGCGCUAUCGGCGGAGAGCCGUCUGUGGGAGGCGAUGGGGCUCGCAGAAAGGGCAAGGCGACGGCCGACACGAUCAUCAUUGGGUGCAUCGCCAUGGUUGAGAAGGAAGGUCAGCCCCGCCGAGCUGAAAUCCUGGGCAUCAAGGACACCAAGAGCGGGCGACAGUACUACUGCAACUUUGACAACUUCAACAAGCGGUUGGACGAGUGGGUGCCCGUCUCGAGAAUUGACUUCGAACACGACGUCGAGUGGCCAAAUCCCGACAAGGACAAGCCCAAGGAUGGCAAGACGAAGAAGGGGGCCACGGCCCCGGCGAAGAAGAGCGUGCCCGGUAAAAAGCAACAGAAGCGGCCCGCGAACAAGCGAGAGCAGUCGAUCACGUCCGAGGCGCAGACGCCGCACCCCUGGACAGAGUUUGUCGAGUCACAGACACAGAAGGGCACGCCUGCCGCGGAGGAAAUCGCCACACCUGGUCCAGAGGGUGGUGCGCCCACACCCAUGGCUGGCGACGAGAUGGAUGUGGAUGGCGACGAGACGCCCAAGGCGGGUAGUUUCAGUAGGGAGCAGGAGAUCGAGAAGCUGCGCACGUCAGGCUCUAUGACGCAGAACCCUGCCGAGAUCGCCCGGAUCAGGAACAUCUCGACGGUGCAGUUUGGCAGAUACGACCUCUUCCCAUGGUAUUUCUCGCCCUACCCGGAAGAGUUCGGCCAGGAGGAUGUCGUCUACAUCUGCGAGUUCUGCCUGAGCUACUACGGCAACCUGAAGAGCUUCACGCGGCACCGGCACAAGUGCACGCUGCAGCACCCUCCUGGCAACGAAAUCUACCGAGACGACCAUAUCUCCUUCUAUGAGAUCGACGGGCGGAGGCAGCGGACCUGGUGCCGCAAUCUCUGUCUGCUCUCAAAGAUGUUUCUCGAUCACAAGACCCUCUACUAUGAUGUAGACCCCUUCCUAUUCUAUGUCAUGACCUGUCGCGACGACAAGGGAUGCCAUCUUCUGGGCUACUUCUCGAAGGAGAAAGAGAGCGCGGACAACUACAACGUCGCCUGUAUCCUGACGCUGCCGCAGUACCAGCGAAAGGGAUACGGACGGCUGCUGAUCCAGUUCUCGUACGAGCUGUCCAAGAUCGAGGGCAAGCUGGGGUCGCCCGAGAAGCCGCUGUCUGAUCUGGGUCUCCUCAGCUAUCGUCAGUACUGGAUCGAGAACAUCGUGGACAUGCUGCUGGAGUACCACGAGAAAGAUGAGAGGUGUAGCCUCGACCAGAUCGCCACGUCGCUGGCCAUGACGAACCAGGACGUGGAGCAUACCCUCCAGGCGUACAAGAUGCAGAUCUACCAUAGGUCCGAGCACAAGAUCAUCAUCCCCAACAGCCAGAUAGAGGCGCACGAGAAGAGGAAGAAGAAGAUUAUGCGGAGUAUCGACCCAGACCGUAUCCAGUGGAAGCCGCCCGUGUUUACUGCUUCUAACAGGACAUGGGGAUGGUAG